GCGGAGGGAGGGCAAGAGGGAACGCUGCUUUACGGCAGCACGGCUAGCCCUGUGCGGCCUUUCACGACAGCGCGCCGAGGGGAGCGUCUCGGUCGGCGGUGCGAGCCAUGGAGGUGCGCGGCGCUUCGGCCCGCUGCAACAUGAGGCAGAAGAAGAAAGGAGCCCUCAGCCGGGCGGAGCUGAUGAUGAUGACCAUCGCCGACAUCAUCCAGCAGCUGGUCGAGGCGCACGAGCAGGGCAAAGAUGUCAACCUGAACAAGCUGAAAACCAAGACAUCUGCUAAGUACAGACUCUCAGCACAGCCUCGUUUGGUUGACAUCAUUGCUGCAGUUCCACCUCAGUACCGCAAGGUGCUGGUACCCAAACUGAAGGCAAAGCCUAUUCGAACUGCUAGUGGGAUCGCUGUUGUUGCUGUGAUGUGCAAACCACACAGAUGUCCACACAUUAACUUUACAGGAAACAUAUGUGUGUACUGCCCCGGUGGGCCUGAUUCUGAUUUUGAAUAUUCAACACAGUCUUACACUGGAUAUGAGCCAACAUCAAUGAGGGCCAUUCGUGCCAGGUAUGACCCUUAUCUCCAGGCGAGGCAUCGAGUUGAACAGCUGAAGCAGCUGGGCCACAGUGUGGAUAAAGUGGAGUUCAUUGUGAUGGGAGGAACAUUCAUGGCCCUUCCUGAAGACUAUAGAGACUACUUCAUCCGAAAUCUGCACGAUGCUUUAUCGGGGCACACUUCCAACAACGUAGCUGAGGCUGUCAGAUAUUCAGAACGGAGCCUCACAAAGUGCAUUGGGAUCACAAUCGAGACCAGGCCUGAUUACUGCCUGAAGCGUCACCUGAGUGACAUGCUGUCAUAUGGCUGCACAAGGCUGGAAAUCGGUGUGCAAAGCGUGUACGAGGAUGUGGCCAGAGAUACAAACAGGGGCCACACCGUGAAGGCCGUAUGCGAGUCAUUUCACUUGGCCAAGGACGCCGGGUUUAAAGUGGUGGCACACAUGAUGCCCGACUUGCCGAACAUGGGCCUGGAAAGGGACAUCGACCAGUUUGUUGAGUUUUUUGAGAACCCGGCUUUUCGCCCAGAUGGUCUGAAACUCUACCCAACUCUGGUGAUCCGUGGGACUGGCCUGUACGAGCUCUGGAAGUCGGGAAGAUAUAAGAGUUACCCUCCAAGCACCCUAGUGGAUUUGGUGGCUAGGAUCCUGGCUCUUGUACCACCGUGGACACGAGUGUACCGGGUUCAGAGGGACAUCCCAAUGCCUCUAGUCAGUUCAGGUGUGGAGCAUGGUAACCUGAGAGAACUUGCCUUGGCCAGGAUGAAGGAUCUUGGGACACAGUGCCGUGACGUGAGGACAAGAGAGGUUGGAAUACAAGAGAUUCACCAUAAAGUGAGACCAUAUCAGAUUGAAUUAGUUCGAAGAGAUUACGUGGCUAAUGGUGGCUGGGAGACCUUCCUGUCUUAUGAAGACCCAGAGCAGGAUAUUCUGGUUGGCCUUCUGCGACUGCGGAAGUGUUCAGAGGAGUCGUUCAGACCUGAGCUGAAGGGAGGUGUUUCCAUCGUUCGAGAGCUGCACGUCUACGGCAGCGUGGUUCCAGUGAGCAGUCGGGAUCCUUCCAAAUUUCAGCAUCAGGGAUUUGGUAUGUUGCUGAUGGAGGAAGCAGAACGGAUAGCCAAAGAGGAGCACGGCGCACGGAAAAUUGCUGUCAUUUCAGGUGUUGGCACUAGGAAUUACUACAGGAAGAUCGGCUACGAGCUGGAAGGGCCGUACAUGGUGAAAAAGCUGGACUGACGCCCUGAGCCACAGGCGCUGCAGCCACAUCUCCACUUCGCACGCGUGGCUGGGAACCGGGAGGAGACAGUGCAGGAUGAGCUGUGGCCAGACAGCUCGGGGAGAAACACCAGCUGAAAACCAGAGUCCCCUCGCUGUAAAGUACGUGCUGAUGCUGGAGUCUCCUGCAGGAGCUGGGACAUCCGUAGCGGGGGGGUCUCUGCGGCAGCCGCUCUCCUAACAGACCUGCGAGUCUGCGGGAUUUCCAGAGCUGGCUGUAACGCGUUGCUCUUUCCCCCUGCACAAAGCAGGAGGAUUUGGUUCUGGCAGACACAGCGGGGAGAGGGCGUAUAUAGACCCUCGUCCUGCAUAUUGUCAAGGUUUUUAGAUUUUCGUUUUCAGCAGUCCUGCCCCGAGGUAGAGCCUGGGCCUUGGAUCAUCAAAAACCUUUUCCCCCUUUUCCUGCCAGCUGAAACAAGCGUCUGAUAUGAGACCCAGGCCACAGGCUUUGGGGACGGGGGUAAGCUGCAGUUCAGCCCCUUCGCUUGCAUUUGCCCAGCUGCCUGUUUGGGAACGGGAAUACGGUGGGGUGCUCCUGCCGUCGGUGCUGCAGUGUUUGCAGCGCUCUCCUGGACCUUCGCUGCCUGAAUAGUUCAGUGGGACCCAUCCAGUAAAACCCGGGGGAUGCACUAGCAGCAUCUCUGCCUCAUGGCGGGGGCGGGAAGCAGCUUUGGCUCUGAACUCCACUAGCCUCAGUGCAAACAUGCUCUUGGUGUCAGCCUGGGAGGAAAUCGGGGACAGCUAUUUGUGCAGAGGCUGCCAUUUUCUAGAUGAUGUUCUUCUGAAUGAUUCAGCCCCGAGUCCUCCGGAAAUUUCCCGAGUAUCAACUGCUCUGCUGCGCGUGCCGGCUGUGAGCUGAGCUGUGAUGGAGCGCCGGUCAGGAAAUGCGAAAGUGCCACCAUGAUCUAUUGCUGCCUCGCGACGCUGGCUGGCGCGGUCACGGGCUAGCGCUGCUCUGACGUCUGCCGGCUCACCGCCGACUCUGGCAAUAAAGUUUUUAUCGCAGG